AUGAUCAAGCGCACCGUUCGCAAGAUCGACUUCCGCCUCAUCCCCAUCCUCACGAUGAUGUACCUCGUCUCGGCGAUGGACCGUGCCAACCUCUCCCUUGCGCGUGCUGCCAACAACAACCAGAUGGUCAAGGAUCUGCAGCUCCAAAUCGGUGAUCGCUACUCGAUCGCCACCCUCGCAUUCUUUAUUCCAUACAUCAUUCUCGAAGUGCCGUCGCAGGCCGGUCUCCGUGUGUUCGGCGCCAAGAUCUGGCUGGGCGGCGCGACCCUUCUUUGGGGAGUGAUGAUGCUUUGCAUGGGCUUCGUCAAGACCUGGCAGCAGCUCGCCGCCCUUCGCGGUCUUCUCGGUGUCUUCGAGGCCACUCUUUUCCCCGGCGCCGCCUACCUCAUCUCGUGCUGGUACCCACGCCGGCUCAUGGCAACGCGCAUGUCCUACUUCUUCAUUGGUGCCAUGUUCCUGAACGCCUUCUCCGGCAUCUUGGCCUGGGGCAUCGGCGACGGGCUCCACCGCAAGUCAGGUCUCCACGGAUGGCAGUGGAUUUUCAUCCUCUACGGCCUCAUCACGAUCUUUAUCGGCAUUUGCGCCAUCCUCCUCAUCGUCGACUUCCCGGACAAGGCAACGUUCCUCACCGACGACGAGCGCGAGAUGGUCCUCACCCGCAUCCAGCGUGACCGCAACGACGCCGUCUACGACCACCUUACUGUCACCAAGGUUCUCCGCCACCUCACCGACUUCCGCAUCUGGCUCUUCGGCCUCUUCUUCUGCUCGGCAGCUCUCUGCAUCUACGCCCUCGCCUACUUCCUCCCGCAGAUUCUCGCCGGCAUGGGCUUCGACAACAAGAUGAGCCAGAUCCUCACCGCGCCUCCGAGCUUCUACUCGCCCAUCCCGUGCAUCAUCAUGGCCAAGAUUGCCGACAAGUACAACAUGCGCAUGCACAUGGUCGCGCUCAACGCGAUCAUCACCGUCGUCGGUGUCGCUAUGUUCUCUCAGCUCUCCAAGGAUCAGACCGCGGCGCGCUACGUCGGUGUCUUCCUGGCCACCGGCGGCUGCCAGGCCUCGAUCCCCCUCAUCACCUCGUGGUCGCAGACCUGCAUCCGCUCGCAGUCGAAGCGUGCCGUCAUGAGCGCGACCGUCGUCGCAUGGGGCGGCAUCGGCGGUAUCCUCGCGUCCGUGUCCUUCCGCCAGGCCGAGAUCCCCCACUACACCACCGGCAUCUUCCUCACCAUCGGCCUUUGCGCGUUCGCUGCCGUCGGCUCGUUCUGCCUCUGGCUCUGGUUCAUGGCCCAGAACCGCAAGGCCGACCGUGGCGAGAAGAUCCUCGAGGACGACCCGGACUUCCGCUUCCAGUAG